CUGGGCGCUCCGGGAUGGAGAAGACCGGGAGCUGCGGCUGCGGCUUAGGCACACCUGGACGCUGGCCGCGGCAGGAGUCUCAGGAGCCAUGUUGUCAGAAGUCCUGCUGGUAUCUGCUCCCGGGAAAGUCAUUCUCCAUGGAGAACAUGCUGUGGUUCACGGCAAGGUGGCCCUGGCGGUGGCCUUGAACUUGAGAACGUUUCUACUGCUUCGACCACAGAGCAAUGGGAAAUUGAGCCUCAAUUUACCAAACAUUGGUAUUAAACAGGUCUGGAAUGUAGCCGAGCUUCAACUGCUGGACACAAGCUUUCUUGAGCAUGGCGAUGGCCCAGCUCCCACCCCAGAGCAACUGGAGAAGCUGAAGAAGGUGGCGGGCCUCCCAGGGGACUGUGUCGGCACUGAGGGCCUGGCGGUGCUCGCCUUUCUGUACCUGUACCUGACUAUCUGCCGGAAGCAGAGGACACUCCCGAGCCUGGACAUUGUAGUGUGGUCAGAACUGCCCCCUGGGGCAGGCUUGGGCUCCAGUGCUGCCUACUCUGUGUGUUUGGUGGCUGCCCUCCUGACUGCCUGCGAGGAGAUCACCAACCCGCUCAAGGACAAGGGUGCCAUCGGCAGGUGGCCUGACGAGGACCUGGAGUCGAUUAACAAGUGGGCCUACGAGGGAGAGAGAGUGAUCCACGGGAACCCCUCCGGCGUGGACAAUGCUGUCAGCACCUGGGGAGGAGCUCUGCGCUACCAGCAAGGGAAGAUGUCAUCCUUGAAGAGGCUCCCGGCCCUGCAGAUCCUGCUCACUAACACCAAGGUCCCGCGAAGUACCAAGGCGCUCGUGGCUGGCGUCAGAAGCAGGCUAAUCAAGUUUCCUGAGAUCGUGGCCCCGCUCCUGACCUCGAUUGAUGCCAUAUCCCUGGAGUGUGAGCGCGUGCUCGGAGAGAUGGCGGCAGCUCCAGCCCCAGAACACUACCUUGUUCUAGAAGAGCUGAUGGACAUGAACCAGCAUCACCUGAAUGCCCUGGGUGUGGGCCACACCUCCCUGGACCAGCUCUGCCAGGUCACAGCAGCACACGGACUGCACAGCAAACUGACAGGUGCAGGUGGCGGUGGCUGUGGCAUCACCCUCCUGAAGCCAGGUCUAGAGCGAGCCAAAGUGGAGGCUGCCAAGCAGGCCCUGACCAGCUGUGGGUUUGACUGCUGGGAGACCAGCAUUGGAGCACCUGGGGUCUCCAUGCACUCGGCUGCCUCUGUAGACGACCCCGUCCGCCAAGCCCUGGGCCUCUGAGUGAUGUGGCCCUGAGUCCUGCUGAGAAGCCUCUCCCUGGAGUCUUCUGGGACUGGAGUUGAGCUCUGUGCUGGCCGUACACCUUUCCUGCUGGUAGCGCCUCCCCAGUGUUCCGGCUGUACCCUGGCAUUUCUGGAGCCAAACAGGCAUCAGUUGUGGGCUCUCCUGAGAUGGCAGCCUUCACCUUGGAGCUCUUGGGUACAUCUGCCUGGGCCUGGCCUCCAUCUGCCUCACUCAAACUCUGGCUCUUAGCCAUGCACACCUCUGUCCUGCCAUUGAAGGCUCCUUAGGAACUGCCUGGCCUGUGGCUCCUGUCUGCUGUCCGCAUGCAGGGAAACGUCAGCUGAGGCUCCAUGUGAACUCAUGGGAAAGCCACCCAUGGGGAAAAUAAAGAGAUUGCGCAGGCAAAGCCUCAGGCCCUGCGGGAAGGCAGGGCUGGUGCCUUCUGUGCCUUCUUCAGUGCUCCCUCCCUCCCUCCUUCUCUCACUCCCUCCCUCAUGAGUUCUGAAGCAGAAGGAAAUAAGACUCCCCUCACUUUGCAGUGUAGCUUGGAGAGGGAGUUUUUCUAGGUAGCACUUGCUGAAUGGGGACAAGGACAUCUGCCUCAGUCACAACAGAGCUGGGCUACCAUGAGCACCCACCAGUGCACACAGCUCUAAAACCUUGGACAUCUUUUUUUUU